UUUUAGAUAUUUGAUAUCUGGAUGAUUAAUUGUCUCCGGGAUCGGUGGUUGUUGCCAUCGGCGACCGUCAAUGUGGACGCCGAGGUUCUUUCUAUCCAGGUGCGCAUCUUUGGUUUAGUCAGCGUGGAUUUUUUGGGGCAUCGCCACUGAAGCUCCGAGAGUCCCUCAUCGCCGACUCAGUGAUGCUGACUUACACUACGGAUCAUCAUUACCGAAUGACCCCUCCACCACGUUUUCCCUAAUCACUUCUCAUGUACACUUGCAUAUGAUACCCCCAUUCUCUUCGUGUGAAUAGAUUUGUUGACUCUGUAUUGCACCUCACACUGAAGUGAACCUCAAAUCCGCAUAUAUGCUCUCGAGACUGCUCUCCCGCCGAGCCGUCCCAAGAGCUAUCAUCACCCCCCCCGCCAUCAUGGCCGCCCAACUCUCCAACAGCGCCGGCGCAGGCGCAAAGCCAACAAAGACAUCCUACCAAGGCCUCCCGAUAGGCGAGCUCCCGAAGACAUGGACUUAUACCUCCUCCCUCCCGCCCGACGCAAUCUUCCCGACGCCAGCCGACUCCCACAAGACCCCGCGCGACCAAAUCGCCCCGCGCGGCGUCCGCAACGCAGCCUUCACCUGGGUCCGCCCCGAAACCACCGAGAACCCGGAGCUCCUCGCCGUGAGCCCGGCCGCGAUGCGCGAUAUCGGCAUCAAAAAAGGCGACGAGGAAACAGAGGACUUCAAGCAGACCGUUGCGGGGAACAGGUUACACGGCUGGGACGAGGAGAAGCUCGAGGGCGGGUACCCCUGGGCGCAGUGCUACGGCGGCUUCCAGUUCGGGCAAUGGGCUGGCCAGCUGGGUGACGGGAGGGCUAUCUCGCUGUUUGAGACGAAGAACCCCGAGACCAAGACCCGGUACGAGCUGCAGCUCAAGGGCGCGGGUAUCACCCCUUACUCGCGGUUUGCAGACGGCAAGGCGGUGCUGAGGUCGAGUAUCCGCGAGUUUGUCGUCUCCGAGGCCCUCCACGCCCUCGGUAUCCCUAGCACGCGCGCGCUGUCUCUGACGCUGUUGCCCAACGUCAAGGUCAGGAGAGAGACGGUCGAGCCGGGUGCGAUUGUGUUGCGCUUCGCGCAAUCCUGGAUUCGGUUGGGAAACUUUGAUCUCCCCCGUGCCAGAGGAGACCGCGCCAUGCUCCGUACUUUGGCAACCUACGUUGCCGAAGAUGUCCUCGGUGGUUGGGAGAAGCUCCCCGCCCGCCUCGAGAACCCCGAGAAACCCGCCGACUCUUCCCUCCACGAGCCCGCGCGCGGCGUCCCGGCAACAGAAAUCCAGGGCCCAGACGACGGAGCUGAGAACCGCUUCACCCGGCUCUUCCGCGAAGUCGCCCGCCGCAACGCCCUCACGGUCGCCAAAUGGCAGGCCUACGGCUUCAUGAACGGCGUGCUGAACACGGACAACACCUCCAUCGCGGGCCUGAGCAUCGACUUCGGCCCCUUUGCGUUCAUGGACAACUUUGACCCGGCCUACACGCCCAACCACGACGAUCACCUCCUGCGGUACAGCUACCGCAACCAGCCGACCAUUAUCUGGUGGAACCUGGUUCGUCUCGGCGAAGCUCUGGGUGAGCUCAUCGGCGCAGGAGCCGGCGUGGAUGAGGAUAAGUUCGUCAAGGAUGGCGUCGAGGAGAGCGAGUCCGAGGUCCUUGUCGGACGGGCUGAGAAGCUUAUCAUGCAGGUUGGUGAGGAGUACAAGGCGCUUUUCAUGGCUGAGUACAAGCGCCUCAUGACGCUGCGCGUUGGUCUCAAGAACUUCAAGGAGAGCGACUUUGAUGAACUGUUCAGUGGGCUGCUGGAUACAAUGGAGACCCACGAGCUAGACUUCAACCACUUCUUCCGACGCCUCAGCUCCGUCAAGCUAUCGGAUAUUGCUACCGAGGACGCCCGCCGCGAGACGGCUGCGCGGUUCUUCCACGCCGAAGGCGCGACGGCCGGCACCGAGGCCAAGGGCAGGUCUGAUGUCGGGAACUGGCUGGACAAGUGGCGCGCCCGCGUCAUCGAAGACUGGGGCGAAGACGGCCAGGAUGCCGAGCGGGAGAAGGCUAUGAAGGCUGUGAACCCCAACUUUGUGCCACGUGGUUGGGUGCUUGACGAGAUUAUCAAGCGGGUUGAGAAGGAUGGCGAAAGGGAUGUGUUGAGGAGGGUCAUGCAGAUGGCGUUACAUCCCUUUGAGGAGAGCUGGGAUGGUCAGGAGUACAAGGGUGAUAAGGCAGAGGAGGAGCGGUGGGUUGGAGAUGUGCCCAAGUUGAAGAGGGCAAUCCAAUGCAGCUGUAGCUCAUAGAUAUAUAUAUUCCUACUCAUGACCUGUAAUUGCUUCCGCUGGAACCAACUGGAACCAAAGAUUGGUAUUGAGACGCUGUUUUCAAAUCGCUGAUGAUUGCCAUCCAUGUUGAAAGUCCAAUCCGACGUUUUGCCAGUGUCCCCUUCGUUUUCAG